GCGGAAGUGUGGGGGCGGGUACGCGCGCGGGCGGUGGCGGAUCUGGGCGGUGGCGGGUGGCGUUUGUCGCGGGUGGCGGCAGAAAUAGCAGCAGGAACAUCAACGUAAGACAAUAGGUCACAGUUGCAGAGAUGGCUGAACAAGAGCCUACCCCUGAACAGCUGGCCCAGAUUGCGGCUGAAAAUGAGGAGGAUGAACACUCUGUCAACUACAAGCCCCCUGCCCAAAAGAGCAUCCAGGAGAUCCAGGAGCUGGACAAAGAUGACGAGAGCUUACGCAAGUACAAAGAGGCUCUGCUGGGAAAUGUCGCCAUUGCUGCUGAUCCCUGCACUCCAAAUGUGGUGGUAACAAAACUGACUUUGGUUUGUGCUACUGCUCCUGGUCCCUUGGAGUUGGACCUCACAGGUGACCUAGAGAGUUUCAAGAAGCAGUCUUUUGUGCUGAAGGAAGGUGUUGAAUAUCGGAUAAAAAUCUCUUUUCUGGUGAACAAGGAGAUUGUUUCGGGGUUGAAGUAUAUUCAGCAGACAUUCAGGAAGGGAGUAAAAAUUGACAAGACUGACUACAUGGUUGGGAGCUAUGGGCCACGUGCUGAGGAGUACGAGUUCCUAACCCCCAUGGAGGAAGCUCCCAAGGGUAUGCUGGCCCGGGGAAGUUACAACAUCCGAUCCAAAUUUACAGAUGAUGAUAAGACAGACCACCUUUCCUGGGAGUGGAACCUGAACAUCAAAAAGGAAUGGAAGGAUUAGCCCUUCCAUAGCCAAAUCCUGAGAAUUGCUCAGACAGUGGCUACAGUAGAAACCCCCACCCUGUACCAAAGUGCUGGCAUUGGAACCCUUUCCUUUCCCCUUCCCAUUUUGAAGCUCAUCAGGAAGACCUUUGGGCUCAAUGCCCCACAUGUUUCCUCCCAAGAAUCACUGAAAUAAAUUGACCAAACCUGCACUGUCUGGCCCAAGCGCAGAGGCAGAAGUGCUCCCUGUCUUUUCUCGGGCCUUGAAUUAAGAGGUCUGCUGCUUCUGUCCCAUUUUGAAUACAUUGCAGGCAGGUGCUGAAGGAGAAGCAAUGUUCCUGCCUGCAGGGGAGAGGAUUUGGAGGCACAAUUGUCUCUGAGUUCGUGGGUGAGGUGCUGAGGAAUUAAGAUUCCAUGCAGAACUGGCAACUGCCUGCUGCCCCCAAUUGUUUCCAGGCUCAAUCAUGUUCAUGGCCUACUCUUUCUCUUCUGGAGACAUGGGCUGGCUUUCCAUUUGUGAUGGUUUCCUGUAACCAUGAUGCCUUAAUGUGUGUAACAUUUUACACUUUUUUUAUAUGCGCUCCUGUCCUGUCCCCCACACAUAUCCUUCCCUUCUCCUGAUUUUGCAUCUUCUGGCCAGACCAUCAUCCUGCUGAGGCUCAUGUCUUCAAAGGCUUAAGCAGGGUUCAGGCUGCUAUCCCUGCAGGCUCUCUGUGGCCAGAGAACCAUUUGCUUCCAGCUAGGGAGAGGGGCCCUGUUGGUGGGCAUUGAAGUUCAUAGUGCCCCUGUCAUCUCCAUGUUAAUUCUAUCACACCCAAACUUGGCUUCAAAGCACUGAAGUCCCAGGGCAGCCUCUGGGUUUUGUAUCUAGAAGAUGGAUUGGCCCAGCUCAGCUGCUCCUCACAUGAUCUGAACAAAGAGCUUACUAUGGACAAAUAUUCAAGAGCAGUGGAUGCCUUAUGUAUCUGUUCUGCCUUUGAAAUCAUGUGCCUGGCCUGUCAGUAUUUAUUAUUGCCUUGGUAAGAUUCUUUUCCUUCAUGAUGCCCAGACAGCCCAGCCACCCCAACAAAACCCCACUGAUGUGGAAGUAGGAGGCCUGUAGGGCCUGAUCUCCUCAUCUUGUCAGGUGGGUGUGUUCCAGCUCAGCAGGCCUACUCAGCGGGCUAUUGUGAGUCCCAAACAUGUGCUAGAACUGGGACUAAGUGAGUGUGUGUGUGGUUCUCUUUCAUGGCUAUGUCUCUGCCCCGACUCCUCUUCCCCACUCCUUCCCUUGCAAGAGAUUUUCGUUAAAUUGAUUUGAUGCGUUUUGUCUGUAAAUCUAAAGAUCUGGAUUAACAGAUUUGGAAUCAUCAGCUUCCCCUUUUCGGACAGUAAAAUAAAAUCUUGGAAACUGA